GUCCUGCUUCCCAAAUUCCAAGUCCUGCUUCCCAAAAUUCCGAAUCCCCCGGCAUUCCAGACCCACAUUCCAGGCCCAUUUUCCUGUUUUUUUUCCCCCCCGGAGCUGGGAUUUUUUUCCCUGCCCUUCCCCAGGGCUUAUCCCAAAGUUUAUUCCCGUUUUUUUUUCCAGCCACCUGGACAACCAUUCCCUGUGGGAGCCGAAGGUUUUCGCCACCGGCUGCUUCCGGAUCAUCAUGUAUUCCAUCCAGCCCCAGCAUUCCCACCUGGUGAUCCAGCAGCUUUUGGGCCACUUGGACGCCAACAGCCGGAGCGCGGCCCCGAUCCGGGCGGGAAUCGUGGAAGUGCUGUCGGAAGCGGCCGCCAUCGCCGCCUCGGGAUCCGUGGGUCCCACCGUGCUGGAAGUUUUCAACACGUUGCUGCGGCAGCUGCGGCUCAGCAUCGACUACGCCCUCACCGGCACCUACGACGGCGCCGGAGCCGCCAUCGGAGCCGGGAUCAACACCGGGAUCAACACCGGGAUCAACACCGGGAUCAACACCGGGAUGGGAGCCGGGAUGAGCCCCGGGAUGAGCCCCGGGAUGAGCCCCCGGAUCAUCAAGGAGCAGGAGGAGAGGAUGUUCCAGGAGGCCGUGAUCAAAACCAUCGGCUCCUUCGCCAGCACCCUGCCCACCUACCAGCAGUCGGAGGUGAUGGUUUUCAUCAUGAACAAGGUGCCUCUGCCCUCUUCCCAACAUUCCAUGGAGCGAGGAAAAGACGGGGAAAACCGGAACCGGCUGACGCAGAUCAUGCUCCUGAAAUCCCUGCUCCAGGUCUCCGUGGGUUUCCAGUGCACGAACAUGCUCACGGCCCUUCCCAGCGCAUUCCUGGACCGGCUCCUCUCCUCGGCCCUCCUGGAAGAUCCCGAAAUCCGCCUCUUCGUCCUGGAAAUCCUCAUCAGCUUCAUCGACCGCCACGGCAACCGCCACAAGUUCUCCACCAUCAGCACCAUCAGCGACAUCUCCGUCCUCAAGCUGAAGGUGGAGAAAUGUUCCCGCCAGGAUUCCGUCUUCAUGAAGAAGCACGGGCAGCAGCUGUACCGGCACAUCUUCCUGGUCUCCAAGGAGGACACCAACGGCCGGGCCCACUACGAGGCCCUUUUCGGGCUCCUGGUGCUGCUGAGCCUCGAGCUGGCCAACGAGGAGGUGGUGGUGGAUCUCAUCCGCCUCGUCCUGGCCAUCCAGGUGCGCGGGAAUGCCGGGAAUUUCGGGAAUUUCGGGAUUUUCGGGGGCCGGGAAGGGUCCUGUUUCCCCAACCCUGAGCCCUGA